AUGUUUCAUUAAAAAUAAUCAAAUAGACCUAUAAAAGAAAUUAACCAAGAAAAAUGCUUGAAUUGCAACAAGUAUAUAAAUUCUACUCUGCUCCGUAAUCAUCAAGCUAUUUGUGCUGUGACUAUAUCCCACAAGGAUUAAGAAAUGUUGGAUGAGCAUUUAGCUAUGCUUAUUCAAUAAAAUAAAAUAGAAUCUAAGAUAUUUAUGUAGCCAAACCCCCCUGAUACUCUGCAAUAAUUUACAAAUUAACACGAAUUUUAGGUCGAAAAGAGGGAAGUUCCAGCUUAAAUAAAAAAUGUUUUCUAGUCCAAUAAGCCGAUAGCCUAAUGUAGAGAUGUUAACUAUAGACAAGAUUAAAUAGUAUAUAAUGGCGAUUUAAAAUUCUAAUAGAAUGAAUUAAAAAAUAAACACAACAUCUCUAUUUAAGAAUACGUUGAAAACACCACAUAAAAAACGGAUUAAAAUCCAUAAUAAACCUAAUAAAAUGUGGUAUUUAAUACAGCCUAAUCUUAAGCUUAAGCUUUUAAAAAUUUAUAAAAAUGUGCUAUUUAAUAAGUGUAAUAAUAAGAUCUUGCUUAAAGAGAUCCUAAUUAUUAAAAAUUUAAUCAAAUUCAAACUAAUCUUGAAAAUCACCCAGCAGGGAAUCCUUAAAUAAAUAUUUAGCAAAGUAGAAACGAUCAUAUCAUUAAUAAUAAUUAAAAUUCAAGAAAUUUUCAAGUUCAAAAAUAAUAAUAACCAAGAGCUCUUUUGUAAACUAAUCGUAUAUAUUUAAAUGAAGAAUUUAAUACAAAUAGAUAAAUAUCAGAAGAGAAAAAAAUAGAGAAUAGUUAAUUCGAUCCAGAUAAUUAAUUUAAUUAAUUCAAUUAAUUUAAUGAUCUAUAUAUUAAUUAAAUGAAUUAAGAUUAUCCAUAAAAUAGUCAUUAUGAAAAACAAUCAAUAAAGGAUAAAUAUUCCAAUUAAGAUGCUCAUUAAUAUCAUUAAUACCAAGAUGUUUAAUCGAAUUAAAAAGUUAUUCCCUCUGAUUACUAUUAGCUUAGAAAACCUAGAAUAUUUCAACCAAUUCCAAAUGAAUAAUAAUAUUAAAAGCCUCCAUAAUAAUAAUAAUAAUAUUAUUAAUAAUAAUAAUAGUAUUAAUAAUAGUAAUAAUAAUAUUAAUAAUAAUCGUAAUAGUAAUAAUAAUAGCAAUAGUAACUGUAAUAAUAAUAAUUGUAGUAAUUGUAAUAACAGAAAUAAUAAUUAUAGCAGUAAUAGUAGAAAUAACAUUAAUAAUAAAAAUAAUAGUCAUAAUAGUAAUAAUAAUAGUAAUAAUAGCAGUAAUAGUAAUAGUAGCAGUAAUAGUAGUAGUAGUAAUAGCAAUAGCAGCAAAAUUAACAAUAAUAGAAAUAAUAGUCAUAAAACCAAUAGCAAUAGAACAAUUAAUAAUUCUAACAACAAUAAUAAUAAUAGUAGCCAUAAAAAUAAGCUCAAAUUUAAUAAGGUCAGAAAGAAUAACAUUAAAACCCCUAAUUAUAGCAUGAUAGAUAUUCUAAAUAACAUGUUUAAAAUAAAAUUAACUCAGAAGAAUCAAAAAAUAUUGAUUUCCAAAAUUAGCAAUAAAUAAUAGUUAAAUAAAUUAUUUUAGAGGAAAGACCUCCGAUCUAAAAAGUUAGCAUUGAUUAUAAAAAUAUCUAGAAUGUUAGAAGGAACGAACCUUAUACCUAUUAAAAGUACUAAAAUAAAUAGAGUUAAAAAUAACCUCCUAUUAGAUAAGAGUAAAAUAAAAAAAAGGCUAAUUCAUCUAAUAAGAAUAGAACAAUAAAUGAAGACAUAGUUUAUAAAUAAUUUGAAUACAUACCAGGCAUGACUCUUACUGAUGACCUCGUGAAUUAAAUGUCUCCUGAAGAAAUUUAUGAAUUGUUUACUCAAUUAGAUUUAGAUAAUUAAGUUGGACUGACAAGCUAAAUAGAUUUAUUAGAUUACAAAAGAGUUUAAAUAAAUAUCACGGAUAGUUGCACUAUUUGCAUGGAUGAUAUAUAACCCCAAAAGGAAGCUUUCGAUGUAAGGUUGGAUUGCAAUCAUCAAUUCCACUAUGAUUGUAUCAGGUAAUGGUUGAUGAAAUAAAAAUUCUGCCCAGUUUGUAAGGAAUUUGUAGACUUUACGAAUUACUAAAAUCUUGAAUGA